GUUCCGGACUGGGCGGACACGGUCAAACUGGCCAAGCACAAGGAGUUGGCGCCCUACGACGAGAACUGGUUCUACACCCGCGCGGCCUCCACGGCCCGGCACCUGUACCUGCGAGGCGGGGCGGGGGUUGGCUCCAUGGCCAAGGUUUACGGGGGGCGGCAGCGCCGCGGGGUCCGGCCCAGCCACUUCAGCCGCGGCUCCGGGGCCGUGGCCCGACGGGUCCUGCAGGCGCUCGAGGCCCUCAAGGUGGUGGAGAAGGACCAGGACGGGGGUCGGAAGUUGACUCCGCAGGGGCAGCGGGACCUGGAUCGCAUCGCGGGGCAGGUCGCCGCCGCCAGCAAGAAGCACUGAGGGAACCAAUAAACUCUGAACCCCCCUGA